AUGUCCUGGCUUCUGAAAAGAUGGCUCUUGCCACCCGAGGAAAAACCAUCAUCACAAUCUCCAACACCGACGAUAGACAACAAUAACAACACCACAACCCAACAACUACAACAAACAAAUACCACCGCCACGACUGCUCCUGCUCCUCCAAAAGAACCGCCUCUAAUUCCCAACAAUGCCAAACUACUCAUCAGCGGCCUACUUUUCUUCUCCCUCUCCGCGCUCAUAACCCGUCGCGCCCUGAGCCGGAAACACCUCUCCACCGUGCCGCCCUUCUACACAAGCAGCCCGUUCCACAAACCCAGCAUAAGCGGCGGGCAAGACGCUUUCGAGGCACUCAAUAUCGCCACUAUAAACACCGUCUCGAUAGCCAUGAUUGCCGCCGGCGCAACUUUUUGCGUGAUGGAUAUUGAUUCCGUCGAAACUGCGAGGAAACGGUAUAGGGAGAAGAUGGGGUUGGAGGGUAGCCUCAAAAAGGGGGUGAUGCCGUCGAAGGAGGAAGAAGAGCAGUUUGAGAGGGAUAUGGAGGAGUGGUUGGGCACUGUGUUUGAGAAGAAGGAUUUGGGGGAGGUGAGGAGGAGGGUUGAGGAGGCCAGGCAGAGAGAUAGAGAGAAAGCUAAAGAGCGGGAGGAGCAGCAGCAGUAG